AUGAAGGCGGGAAGAGGAAGAUCGUUAGCUUCUUCGAGGAACAUCAAUGGAGGUCGACAAGACACGACGCAAGCCGUAGCUUCCGGUAUAUUUCAAAUCAACACAAGCGUCUCCAGUUUCCAACGCCUCGUCAACACUCUCGGUACUCCUAAAGACACGCCGGAGCUACGAGAGAAGCUGCACAAGACAAGGUUACAUAUCGGACAGCUAGUGAAAGACACAUCAGCUAAACUUAGAGAAGCUAGUGAAACUGAUCAUCAAAGAGGUGUAAAUCCAAAGAAGAAGAUUGUAGAUGCUAAGCUUGCGAAAGACUUUCAAUCUGUACUGAAAGAGUUUCAAAAGGCUCAGCGUCUCGCUGCUGAGAGAGAAACCGUUUAUGCUCCUCUUGUGACCAAGCCUUCUCCUCCAUCUAGCUAUACAGCCAGUGAGGUGGAUGUGAAUGCAGAUAAGCAUCCAGAGCAGCGUGCGCUUCUUGUGGAAUCAAGAAGACAAGAGCUUGUACUGUUGGAUAAUGAGAUUGCGUUCAAUGAGGCUAUUAUUGAGGAAAGAGAGCAAGGGAUUCAAGAAAUCCAGCAGCAAAUUGGCGAGGUGCACGAAAUCUUCAAGGACUUGGCAGUGUUGGUACAUGAUCAAGGAACCAUGAUUGAUGAUAUUGGUACUCACAUCGAUAACUCACACGCUGCAACUGCACUAGGAAAAUCCCAUCUCGCAAAAGCCUCAAAGACACAAAGAUCGAAUUCUUCUCUGACGUGCUUACUCUUGGUGAUUUUUGGUAUCGUGCUCCUGAUUGUUAUUAUAGUGCUCGCUGUUUGA